AUGGCCAGUAGCCGGCUCUCGAGCAUCACGAACCAACUCCACGCCACUCAUCCACACGAAGACGACUCGCAGCGCAACAUGGUGUCCAAAGUGUUUCAGCUGAUACCCGGGGUCCAGUCUUACGAUUGGGGCAUCCUGGGUGCCUCGUCCUCCCGCGUCGCGCAGUAUGCCGCUGCCACCAAGGAGCUCCACUUCCAGCCAGAGGACAACAAGCCGUACGCCGAGCUGUGGAUGGGCACGCACCCCUCACUCCCCUCACGCGCUAUCCUGGGCGAAAAGCAGGAAGAGCUGUCGAAGUACCUUGCGGCGCAUCCGGAGCUGAUCGGCAGCACGGUGAGCGCCAAGUUCUCGGACGAGCGACCCGGAUGUUUGCCGUUCCUGUUCAAAGUGCUCAGCGUCGGCAAGGCGCUGAGUAUCCAGGCACAUCCGGACAAGGCGUUGGGCAAGAGGCUGCACGAACAGCGCCCGGACGUGUACAAGGAUCCCAACCACAAGCCGGAGAUGGCCAUUGCCCUCACGGCCUUCCGCGGAUUCUGUGGGUUCAGGCCGCUUGGGGAGAUCGCUCAGUUCAUCAAGACGGUACCGGAAUUUGCGCAGCUCGUCCAGCUGUCGGAUGCGGAACUGGAAAGGGCAUCUACGCUGGAAGGGCAGGAGAAGGAGGUGAGAGCGACGCUCAAGACAAUCUUCAGCAACCUGAUGAACUCUCCUGCUUCGUCGUACGCCCCACUGGCAGAUCAGCUUUCUCAAAGAUUUGCGCAGGGCCCCGUCCAAGGCGUGCCCGACCAAGAGCGCAAACUAGUCCUCAAGCUGGCCUCCGAGUUCCCACAGGACGUCGGGAUCUUUUGCACAUUCUUGCUCAACAUCUCCACGCUCCAGCCCGGCCAGGCGCUGUUCCUGCAGGCCAACGAACCGCACGCCUACCUCGAGGGCGAGAUUCUGGAAUGCAUGGCCUCGUCGGAUAACGUCGUGCGCGCCGGUCUCACGCCCAAACUGCGCGACACCGAGACUCUGCUCGAGAUGUGCACAUAUCAGUCGGGCUCCGAUCGCGGCCGGCUUGCAGGUGAGAGGUGGAGCAAGUCGAGUCCAGACGAGGUCGAAGCGCUGCUGUACGACCCCCCAAUCGAGGAGUUCAGUGUGGUGACGACGAGGUUGGGCAAAGGCGGGGUGGUGAAGAACAAGGGCGUCGACGGCCCGUCGAUUGUUAUUGUGCUGGAUGGGGCUGUGCAGGUGAGUGAGGCGGGCGUGGAUGGCGAGGGGUUGAGGCUGGAGAGGGGUCAGCUGGCCUUUGUGGGUGCAGGGGUGGAAGUCGAGUUUAGCAAUGUGGGUGAGGAAGAGGUCGGGUUGGCGAGGGCGUUCGUCGAGGCUUAA